AUGAAGAAAGAAAUAGUAACAGAUGUGAGAGAUAAAAGUAGUGGAAGGGAGACAUCCUCUGUACUGAAACCUGAUGUGAUAGGAAGGGAAAAAGAUAAGGAAAAAAUGAUUGAGUCAUUGUUGAAUCCAACUAGUAGCCAAGGAAAUGUUUCUGUGAAUGCAAUUGUCGGUAUUGGGGGCUUAGGGAAGACUGCACUUGCCCAGUUGAUCCUUGAAUGUGCAACUAAUAAUGAGGUGCCUAAUUUAUUAGGAUUAGAACAAUUGCAUAUUCGCUUUAAAGAGAAUUUAGAAGCGAAGAGGUAUUUGUUGGUGUUAGAUGAUGUAUGGAAUGAAGAUCAGAAAAAAUGGGAUGAUUUGAAAGCUUACUUGUUGAUGGGUGCCCCAGGGAGUAAAAUUUUAGUCACCACUCGUAGCACAAGAGUUGCAUUAGUCAUGGGUGUGGAUUCCCCAUAUGUUUUGCAAGGUCUAGCAGACAAUGAGGCUUGGGAUUUAUUUGACAAAUUAGCAUUUGGAGAGGGGCAUGGUGCAGUGAUGAAUCCUAAACUAAUAAAAAUUGGAAAAGAUAUGUUGAGUUACUGUCAAAUGCCCACUUAUUUAAGGCAAUGUUUCAGUUAUUGUGCAAUGUUUCCCAAAGGUCACGAAUUUGAUAAAGAAACAUUGAUUCGUUUGUGGAUAGCACAAGGAUACAUUUCAAAAAGCAUGUCUCAUUAUAAAAUGCAUGAUUUUAUCCAUGAUCUAGCACAAUCAAUAUCAAAGGAUAGGUACUUUGCAGUAGUGAAUGUUUGCGAAGGAAUCCAUCAUGUGUAUUGGCUAUCUUCUUUGAAUGAAAUUGAGAUGCUGGUUAAAGUUAAGGGCAUGAGGACAUUAUUUUUUGAAAGUUUUCCUGAGAGUUUACAAGCCUUAAAAGCCUUGGAAUUAAAAAGGUUCCAUGCCUUGCAUUCAGAAGGGGAUUGCGGGAGGGAUAUAAUUGAAGUGCCAAAUUCAAUAGCAAAAUUGAAGUAUUUGAGAUAUCUUGACAUUUCUGGGCUUGACAUGGAAACACUCCCAAAGUCCAUAACUAAUUUGCAGAACUUGCAAACUCUAAUACUCUUAUAUUGUAUAUAUCUUCAAGAGUUGCCUAGAGACAUAGAAAAACUGAUCAGCCUUAGGUGCCUCAUGAUUGAUGGAUGUGGAAAGCUAAGAUGCAUGCCAAUUGGAUUGGGGAAAUUAACUUGUUUGCGCCAACUGUCAGAUUUUGUGGUGGCAAGGGAUGAAGGCUCUAAGGGGGCUAUGCUAAAUGAAUUGAAUAGCCUAAACCAACUUAGGGGAAGUAUUUACCUCCACCUCCUUAGAAAUGUGGAAAAUGUUGAGAUAGAGUCCAACCAAGUGAAUUUAAGGGAAAAGAAGCACCUCCAGUUUUUGGAGUUAUGUUGGAGAAAUACUUAUCUUUAUGAGGGCCCUAUUGAUAAGACUGAAGUUGAAAAGAAUGAAUUAUUGUUAGAAAAGCUUGAGCCUCAUCCAAAUUUAAAAUCCUUGGUUGUGGAAUCUUUCAAGGGUCUUCCACCAUUGGACCAACUCCCUUAUCUAAAAACCCUUCGUCUCGAAGACCUUCAUUCUCUAGUUUAUAUAUCAGAUGAGGAGCCUUCCUUUUUGGCAUCGACAUCAUUUACAUCUUACCCAUCGCUGCAAGAGAUUGAACUCAGAAAUUGUUUUAAUUUGAGAGGAUGGUGGAGGAAGAAGAAAAGAAGUGGGGUUGAACUUGCUCAAUUUCCUUGUCUUUCAAAAAUGCAAAUCUGGGGCUGCUACAAGCUUAUUCUAGAUGAUGGUGAAGCCAUUGAAUGGGGAGGUCUCAGGAGUCUUCAAUCUCUUUCUUUUAGAUUUCUUUCAGAAUUGAAAUCUCUACCAAAGGGGCUUCAAUUUGCUACAAACCUGCAAGAGCUCAUCAUCAAUUAUUGUGAUAGUUUGAUGGCUUUACCAGAUUGGAUAGGCAACCUGACAUCACUUCAAUGGCUAGAAAUUUACAAUUGCCCUAAUUUGAGAUCUCUGCCUGAGGGAAUGCAUUUACUGACUUCUUUACAGAAGUUGAGGAUUGCAAGAUGCCGCAAGUUGUCUGCAAGAUGUAUGAAGGAAAAGGGUGUGGAUUGGCCCAAGAUUGCUCACAUCCUGAUUCUCGAGAUUCAACCUCCAGGUUUUUGA